ACUCAUUCCUAAUCCUAAAAUUAUAGAGACCGCCUCCCUCUCCACUCCUCACUUUCUCAGCCACUUAAACUCAAAGCCUCAUUCUCACUCCCACUCCACCACGACACCAUCACUCCAUCAAUUGAUAUCUCCUCACACCUCACGUCACCACCAGGUUUUACUUGAGAGUGAGGUGAUUCUUAUGGGUAAGAGAAGAUUGGAAGAGGGAGAACAACGCUGCUCCAAUGUGUUCGUGUCUUUCUCAAAGAGGCGCAAAGGGCUUUUCCAGAAGGCGAGCGAGUUGUGCAUCAAGUGCGGCGCACAAGUUGCCAUUGUCGUCCUAUCUCCAACGGGUAAUCCUUUCGCUUUCGGGCACGCUUCGGUGGAUGAGGUUCUUCACCAUUAUCUUUGUCAAACGGCCAUCAAUCCCAGCUGCUUCAUCACUGAUGAACACAAACACCAGAACCAGAUAAUCGAACACAAACACCAGAACCAGAUAAUCGAAGGCCUCAAGUUUAGCCUAAAACAGGAGCAGAAAAGAGAUCCUCUUGAUGAGGAGAGUAAGGUGGUGUUGGGACUCAAGCAAUGGAUUGAGAAAGAGUUUGAGCAUUGUAAGACUACUACUGCUGUGGAAGAUUUGGAAGGUUUGAAGCAAAAAUUUGUGGUGUUCGUUGACCAAAUCACUCGGAGAAUAUUGGGGUUUGGAAGUUCUACUUCGUCCGUUGAAAAAGGAAAAGAUGUUGCUAUUACCAACUAUGAAUGUGGCAGCACUCCUUUUGAUGAAGAAGAUUUUGGUAUUUCGUUAUCUGAUUUAUGGUCUUGACAUAAGUUUAAUUUAGCUACUUUUAUAUCAUAUUAUGCAUUUAUUUUUGUGGUGUAUAUGAAAUUAGUUUAUUCAUUGUCUAGAAAGUGUAGAGGAGGAUGUUAUUUGAGCAGAGUAGCAUAUUUGAGUUAUGACAAAUAUUCAUCUUUCUCUGAUUUUAUUUAAAUUUGUAAUUUUUUGAUAAGUUUCAUGCCUAUAAAGGAGAUAUUUGGCUA